AUGCAGAGGAUGAACUUGGUGAGGGUCCAGUGCACCCAGAGCCAUGUCCUCUGCCUCACCUUCCUGUCUCCACCUGCUGCCCAGUGCGACACGAGCCCAGUGCUGCGAGGCUUCGGGGUCUUACAGCUAUUAGGGGAAGAUUAUGGAGUUUUAACACUGAAUGCGGAGAAUACUAAUUAUGCCUGCCAAGUUCCAAACUUCCAUAAAUGUGAAAUCUGUCUGCUGUCUUUCCCAAAAGAGUCCCAGUUUCAACGCCACAUGAGGGACCAUGAGCGAAAUGACAAGCCACACCGAUGUGACCAGUGUCCCCAAACAUUUAAUGUUGAAUUCAACCUGACACUUCAUAAAUGCACCCACAACGGGGAAGACCCUACGUGUCCUGUGUGUAACAAGAAAUUCUCCAGAGUGGCCAGUCUCAAGGCCCACAUUAUGCUGCACGAGAAGGAAGAGAACCUCAUCUGCUCUGAGUGUGGGGACGAGUUCACGCUGCAGAGUCAGCUAGCUAUCCACAUGGAGGAGCAUCGGCAGGAGCUGGCUGGGCGUCAGACGCACACGUGCAAGGCCUGCAAGAAGGAGUUUGAGACGCCGGCCCAGCUCAAGGAGCACGUGAAGACGCAUUACAAAAUCAGGGUCUCAGGUCCAAGGUCGUACAACCGCAACAUUGACAGAAGUGGAUUCACCUACUCGUGCCCUCACUGUGGGAAGACCUUUCAGAAGCCCAGCCAGUUAACACGGCAUAUUCGGAUACACACAGGUGAAAGGCCCUUUAAAUGCAGUGAAUGUGGGAAAGCUUUUAACCAGAAGGGGGCACUGCAGACACACAUGAUUAAGCAUACUGGUGAAAAGCCCCAUGCCUGUGCCUUCUGCCCUGCCGCCUUUUCUCAGAAAGGAAACCUUCAGUCACAUGUACAGAGAGUCCACUCGGAGGUCAAGAAUGGCCCGACCUACAACUGCACAGAAUGUAGUUGUGUAUUUAAGAGUCUAGGCAGCUUAAAUACACAUAUCAGCAAGAUGCACAUGGGGGGGCCCCAGAAUCCAGCAGGUGCCAUAGAAGCUGUACAGGUCCUAACGGCCACACUCUUUCAGACUUUACCUCUCCAGCAGACAGAAGGCCAGGUCCCAGCCUCGUGCGGCCAGCAGGGCUCCCAAGCCGUCACGGAUGUCAUCCAGCAGCUUCUGGAGCUCUCAGAGCCAGGGCCCGCGGAGGCUAGCCCACCAGCCCAGCCGGGCCAGCAGCUGAGCAUCACAGUGGGCAUCAACCAGGAUAUCCUGCAGCAAGCCUUAGAAAACAGUGGGCUGUCUUCAAUUCCAGUUGCAGCUCAACCUAACGACCCCAGCCACACCAAGACGCCCGCCACCCAGAUCCAAUGUCCGCACCUCGUCACUGCUCCUGGCGAGCCAGCUGAGCCGAUGGAAGCGGAGCGAGAGAAAGAUCCUGAGACCCCCGAGAAGCUGGAGAAAAGAGAAAAGAAGGCUGCCAAGAAGAGACCACCUUUCUUACCUGGAUCCAUUCGUGAGGAGAACGGAGUCAGGUGGCAUGUGUGCCCUUACUGCACGAAGGAGUUUAAGAAGCCCAGUGACCUGGUACGUCACAUCCGUAUCCACACGCAUGAGAAACCCUUCAAGUGCCCGCAGUGCUUCCGGGCCUUCGCUGUGAAGAGCACGCUGACGGCACACAUCAAGACGCACACGGGAAUCAAGGCCUUCCAGUGCCAAUGCUGCAUGAAGAGCUUCUCCACCUCAGGGAGCCUCAAAGUGCACAUCCGCCUGCACACAGGCGUUAGACCAUUCGCUUGUCCUCACUGUGACAAAAAGUUCCGAACCUCAGGCCACAGGAAGACGCAUGUUGCCUCACAUUUCAAGCACACCGAGCUCAGGAAGAUGAGGCACCAACGCAAACCUGCAAAGGGCCGUGUGGGCAAGAGCAGCCCGCUGGUGCCGGACAUUGCUUUGCAGGAACCAAUUCUCAUCACUGACUUAGGUCUUAUCCAGCCUAUUCCAAGAAACCAGAUUUUUCAAAAUUAUUUCAAUAAUAAUUUUGUCAAUGAAGCAGAAAGACCAUAUAAGUGCUUUUAUUGUCAUCGAGCAUAUAAAAAGUCAUGCCACCUUAAACAGCACAUCAGGUCGCACACAGGAGAGAAACCUUUCAAGUGCCCUCAGUGUGGUCGAGGCUUUGUAUCCGCGGGCGUGCUCAAGGCGCACAUCCGCACCCACACGGGCCUCAAGGCCUUCAAGUGUCUCAUCUGCAGUGGCGCCUUUACCACCGGCGGCAGCCUGCGCCGCCACAUGGGGAUCCACAACAACUUGCGGCCCUACAUGUGCCCCUACUGCCAGAAGACCUUCAAGACCUCCCUCAACUGCAAGAAGCAUAUGAAGACCCACAGGUACGAACUGGCCCAGCAGCUUGAGCAACAUCAGCAAGCUGCCUCCAUCGACGACAGCACCGUGGACCAGCAGGGCAUCCACGUGUCUGCUCAGAUGCACGUGGAGAUUGAGAGUGAUGCGCUGCCGCAGGCGCCCGAGGAGGUCACCACGAAUCCCGAGGCCAUCCUGGCGCUGGAGCCGCAGCACGUCGUGGGCACCGAGGAGUCUGCGCUCGGCCAGCCGCUGCCAGACCAGCCUCUGGAUGCAGACGAUGAUCGGUUCGUGGCCCCUCAGCCUCCGCUGCCCGGGCACAUGGAACCAUUCGAACAGCAGACCCCUGCCCCGCAGGCCUUCGAGCCGGCAGCCUUGUCGCAAGGCUUCACAGUGGCUGACACGUACAGUCAGCAGCCUCAGUUUCCCCCCGUCCAACAACUGCAGGACUCCAGCACUCUGGAAUCUCAAGCCCUGUCGGCCAGCUUCCACCAGCAGACCCUGCUUCCUGUCCCUGGCUCGGAUGCCAUCAGUGUGACGACCCGUUUGAUCCCGGAACCAUCCCAAGAGGAACCGGACCUGCAGACACCGCGGCCCCAGUUCCUAGAGGAAGGAGAGGACCACAGCCGGCGUUCCUACAGGUGUGACUACUGUCACAAAGGGUUCAAGAAGUCCAGCCACCUAAAGCAGCAUGUGCGGUCCCACACGGGCGAGAAGCCAUACCAGUGCAAGCUCUGCGGGCGAGGCUUUGUCUCCUCGGGGGUCCUGAGGGCGCACGAGAAGACGCACACAGGUGUGAAAGCCUUCAGCUGCAGUAUCUGCAACGCCUCCUUCACCACCAACGGCAGCCUCACCAGACACAUGGCCACACACAUGAGCAUGAAACCUUACAAGUGUCCCUUCUGUGAGGAGCGCUUCCGAACCACCGUCCACUGUAAGAAGCACAUGACAAAGCAGCAUAUGUCCCCUGCUGCCGCGCCCAGCACCGGAGAGUCUGAAGGAGGAGAGGUUUACAUGGAGGAAGAGGAGGAAUGUCCAGAGAGGAGCACAUCUAGAAAAUCACGUCCUGAGGUCAUCACUUUCACUGAGGAAGAAACAGCACAACUGGCCAAAAUUCGUCCCCGAGAGAGUGCCACCGUCUCUGAGAAAGUUCUUGUCCAGUCUGCAGCGGAGAAGGACCGCAUUAGCGAGAUGAAGGACAAGCAGGCGGAACUCGACUCUGAACCGAAAUAUGCCAACUGCUGCACCUACUGCCCCAAGAGCUUUAAGAAGCCCAGUGACCUGGUCAGGCACGUUCGGAUCCACACUGGGGAGAAGCCAUACAAGUGUGAUGAAUGCGGGAAGAGCUUCACGGUCAAGUCCACACUCGACUGCCACGUAAAGACACACACAGGUCAGAAGCUCUUCAGCUGCCAUGUCUGCAGCAAUGCCUUCUCCACCAAGGGGAGCCUGAAGGUGCACAUGCGUCUGCACACGGGCGCCAAGCCCUUCAAGUGCCCGCUCUGUGAACUGCGCUUCCGCACGUCGGGCCGCAGGAAGACACACAUGCAGUUCCACUAUAGGCCUGACCCCAGGAAGGCCAGGCGGCCGCUGACCCGAAGCUCCUCGGAGGGGCUGCAGCCCGUGAGCAUGCUCAGCCCCUCCUCCUCGGACUCCAAUGUGUUCAUCAUGAACAACUCUGUCCUCACCACCAGCCAGUUCGAUCCAAAUUUGCUUCAACAAGGACUCAUGAGCCAGGCAAUUCUGCCCGCUUCUGUGUCUGCUGGCGGGGACUUGACGGUGUCACUGACAGAUGGUGGCCUGGCCACCCUCGAGGGUAUCCAGUUACAGUUGGCGGCUAACUUGGUUGGACCCAAUGUCCAGAUCUCUGGGAUCGAUGCCUCCAGUAUCAACAACAUCACCUUACAGAUCGACCCAAGCCUCCUGCAGCAGUCUCUGCAGCCAGGCCACAUGCUGACCCAGCAGCUGGUAGGGGAGCCCAGCCCAACCCCCCAGAGCAGCUCGCUCCAGAGCCCAGACAGCGCCGGCCCAGCCAGUGUGGUCAUCCAGCCCAUCUCAGGCCUGUCCCUGCAGCCCCCAGUGACCUCGGCGAACCUGACCCUUGGCCCGCUGUCUGAACAGGGUUCCGUGCUGACCAGCAGCAGUGGGACCCAAGACCUCUCUCAGGUGAUGACUCCUCAGGGGCUCGUGUCCACGUCCAGCUGUCCUCACGAGAUCACCCUGACCAUUAACAACUCCAGCCUCAGCCAAGUGUUGGCCCAGGCAGCCGGCUCUUCCGCGGCCACGUCGUCCGGCUCCCCGCAAGAGAUCACCCUCACUAUAUCAGACCUCACAGCUGCCCCAGGGAGCCUGCCUUCUACUACACCCAUGUCUCCAUCCACCAUAGCCACACAGAACCUGGUCAUGGCAUCGUCUGGGGUGGGAGGUGACGCCAGCGUCACGCUUACGCUGGCCGACACUCAGGGCAUGCUCUCCGGAGGCCUGGACACGGUGACACUGAACAUCACCUCACAGGGCCAGCAGUUCCCGGCCUUGCUCACAGACCCAUCGCUCUCGGGCCCGGGCGGUGCAGGCUCCCCGCAAGUGAUCCUGGUGAGCCACACACCGCACACAGCCUCAGCGGGCUGUGAAGAGCUGGCGUACCAGGUGACGGAUGUCUCUGCGAACCUGACCCAGGGGAGCCCACCCGAGCAGGAGGGCCGGGCCCACCAGUGCCUGGAGUGUAGCCGUGCCUUCUCAUCGGCGGCCCUGCUGCUGCAGCACAGUAAGGAGGCGCAUGGACGUGAGCGCAUUCACGCCUGCCAGCUCUGCAGCAAGGCCUUUAAGCGGGCCACGCACCUCAAGGAGCACAUGCAGACUCACCAGGCCGGCCCGUCCCUGAGCUCCCAGAAGCCGAGGGUGUUCAAGUGCGACACCUGUGAGAAGGCCUUUGCCAAGCCGAGCCAGCUAGAGAGGCAUAGCCGCAUCCACACAGGGGAGCGGCCGUUCCAUUGCGCCUUGUGUGAGAAGGCCUUCAACCAGAAGAGCGCUCUCCAGGUGCACAUGAAGAAGCACACAGGCGAGCGGCCCUACAAGUGCGAGUACUGUGCCAUGGGCUUCACGCAGAAGAGCAACAUGAAGCUACACAUGCGCCGCGCACACGGCUACGCGGGGUCCCUGCAGGAGGCUGCUGCCCACCCAGAGCAGGAUGGGGCGGAGCUGGGCCGGACACUGCACCUGGAGGUACAGGAGCCAUCCGGCGAGUGGCCAACCCUGGCCAACGUGUUCUGA